AUGAACGCCUCAGCAACGAUCCGUGCCUCCUACGUACGAGCCACGAGGAUGAGCAUGAUGCCCCCAGCUCGUAAUAUUCCCGUUCUCAACCCUGUCGCGGACCUCGAAUCGCGUCCAGCAAUUAGCGAGAAACUUGCCAACUUCGUGCCUGUCGACCAUCUUGAGCACCGUGAGAAAUGCGAUAUCGAACGUGCCAAAGUUUACGUCUACGACGAGCCGUCAUACCUAGACUGGGGCGAUGAAGAUGAAUCUUUUGCCACACGCGUCAAGAAGAUGUACACAGUUUUCCCGUACCGGGAUCCCAUUUGGCUGGUCGCAGUCGUCUUUGCAGUCGGAAGUGUCGAUCUCGUCAUCAACGCGUUUUUCGAUUUACUCCCGCAACUUGAUCCCAAGUUGCAAUUCGAAACCAACGAGACUAUUGCCAUACCAACCACUGUCCUAAUUGGAUCUGUAUUCUUCUUCGUAGCAGGCAUAUUCGACACCUUCGGAGCUUUGAACGCUGACCGCGGCACUCUCGACACCAAUAAGGAGACCCAGAAAGUCACAUACAGACCCGCACUCUUGGGGUCGCCGGAAUUCAAAUGGAUUCCCUCAUGGAUCAAGCUUUGGGAUCUGACUAUGACAAAUCUGGCCUUUCAAGCCGGCCUUAUCGUGCUCUUUGGUGGUGUCAUCUUCAUGUUCGCGGGUAUCGUUGAUUUCCCGGAACUGAUUUCGGAAGAAGCGCCUCUUUUCGCAACAAUUGUGUUCGGCCCUCAAGUAAUCCAUGGCGCGCUGUUCAUGGUUGCAAACGCAAUGCUGGCAUACUCGGAACAGGAAAGAUGGUACAAGCCCAUGUGGCAGGAUGCGGACUGGCAAGGUGCUUUCUUAAACACGAUUGGGGGCUUUGGUUUUAUGAUGGCGGGAUUGUUUCUGUUCCAGGAGGACAAGCUCGCCGCAGCUAUUUCAGCGUUGUUGGGGAGCUGGGCUUUCUUGUUUGGGAGCAUGAUCAGGUGCAUGGUUGCGACCUGUGCUCCUCGUCCCCCUGUUCUGGCUCGUCACCCAACUCACAGUUCUUCCACCGGUCUUCGCCCAUUUGGGCGAGUCGCAACAGAUAGAACAGUCGAAGAGAGUGCUCGGGGUUUGGAUAAAUAG